CAGCAUGGUGUGUGCCAGCAAACUGCUUGCAGAUGAGUACUAUAACUGGGGCGUAGACAUGUGCUACAGCAUGGUGUGUGCCAGCAAACUGCUUGCAGAUGAGUACUAUAACUGGGGCGUAUAGUAGAGAGAUGUAGCACAGCAUGGGGUGCAUAGUAGAGAGAUGUAGCAGGAACCAUGGGUAGGACCACAUUAUGGAGGGAGCCUUGGGCAUCACGCUAAGGAGCUUGGAUUAUAUCUUUCAGGUGGAGUAAUGUGUCUUUCAGAUUGGAGCCAUGGCUUUGGAACACAACCAGUCAACAGAUUACUAUUAUGAGGAAAAUGAAGUGAAUGGCACUCAUGACUAUAGUCAGUAUGAAGUGAUCUGUAUAAAAGAGGAAGUCAGAAAAUUUGCAAAAGUUUUCUUGCCUGCCUUCUUCACAAUAGCUUUCGUCAUUGGAAUUGCAGGCAAUUCCAUAGUGGUGGCAAUUUAUGCCUAUUACAAGAAGCAGAGAACCAAAACGGAUGUGUACAUCCUGAACUUGGCAGUGGCAGAUUUACUCCUUCUAUUCACUCUGCCUUUUUGGGCAGUUAAUGCAGUUCAUGGAUGGGUUUUAGGGAGAAUCAUGUGCAAAGUCACUUCAGCCUUGUACACAGUCAACUUUGUCUCUGGAAUGCAGUUUCUGGCUUGUAUCAGCAUAGACAGAUACUGGGCAGUAACUAAAGCCCCAGGUCAAACAGGAGUGGGGAAACCAUGCUGGCUUAUGUGUUUCUGUGUCUGGACGGCUGCCAUCUUGCUGAGUAUACCUCAGCUGGUUUUUUAUACAGUAAAUCACAAGGCUAGGUGCAUUCCCAUCUUUCCAUAUCACCUAGGAACCUCAGUGAAAGCAUCAAUUCAAAUGCUGGAAAUCUGCAUCGGAUUUGUAAUACCCUUUCUUAUUAUGGGAGUGUGCUACUUUGUCACAGCAAGGACACUCAUCAGGAUGCCCAACAUUAAAAAAUCUCGACCCCUCAAAGUUCUGCUCACAGUGGUUAUAGUUUUCAUUGUCACUCAGCUGCCUUAUAACAUUGUCAGGUUCUGCCAAGUCAUAGACAUCAUCUACUCCCUGAUCACCGACUGUGACAUGAGCAAACGCAUGGAUGUUGCCGUCCAAAUCACGGAGAGCAUUGCACUCUUUCACAGCUGCCUCAACCCAAUCCUGUAUGUUUUCAUGGGAGCCUCUUUUAAAAACUACAUUAUGAAAGUUGCUAAGAAAUACGGGUCCUGGAGAAGACAAAGACAAAACGUGGAGGAGAUUCCUUUUGAUUCAGAAGAUCCUACAGAGCCAACCAGUACUUUUAGCAUUUAAAUGCAACACUGCUGUCUCUUGCUUCGAUACACAUGAAUGCUGCUUCUUCCUCAGAUAAAACAUCUGCUUUAUUCUGAAACUUAAAUCUCAAACACCGUGGUGCCAACUUACAGCAAUCAAGAGGUGGGGGGAGGAUGGGAAGAAUAUAGCAACGGAGGAGGAAACGAAAUAAUAAAUGCACAAAACAUGAACUUAAAAUUAACAAUAUUGGAAAAUAGUAUUAACAGACAUAAAUAAUAAAAACAGUAUGCUAUGAAUUAGGCCAUCUGAAACAGAUUAAUAAAAAGGCUUAUAUUAAGGGGCAUUUUUAAUUAUUUUAAAUGAUCUAAAGUCUAAUGUAAGAAUGAUUUCAUUGCAUAAUUUCAGUACUUGAAUAACUAUACAGCAAAAUUUAAUCCUUUUUUCCUAUUUCUUAGUUUGUGAUUUCCUAAGACCCCAAAGAAUAACAAUUUAACAAUUAAAAAAUUACAUAAAAAGCUUUACUGGCCCUUUUAAUACAUCCCUGGUAAAUUUUUUUUUUUCUUUUUAUCCCUGGUAAAUUUCUGAACAUGUAAUUUGCUUCCAUGAUGUCAAUUUUCUUUAGUAAUAAGCUGGUUAUCCUGUUAGAUUUACACGUAUACUCUAGAAGCAAUCUUUAGAUAAUCAUAUUUACCUAGAUGCCAAUUCUGUGACUUCCUAAAGGGCUCAUCCAUUUAUGUGAAUCUAUUACUGAGGGCUGACUAACCAAUACAUUUUCUUAUAUAUAGAUUCUUAUUAUUUUGCUUAAGCCCUUGCAUUUUUAAGCAAUAAAAGUAUGUGACACAAUUUUUAAUAACAUGUAUAUCUUAUCUCUUUAACUACAUUUAUAAAUUAUUACAGUUCAUUUAAUAUGUCCCUACUGAAAUUUAAUUUUGAUAGAAAUUACAUUGAUCAAUAGUGUGCACUAAUAUGAAUUUUCUCUCUCGCAAACUAUAAAAAACUGUGAACUGUAAAAUUGUAGGAAAAAAAAGACAUGUUUUCUGCUCUUAAAAAUAAGUAUCACCUAACCAAGAUAUGUUAUUUUAAAAUUACUUUUCUUUGGGGAGGCUUUGUGGCACUGUCGGUUGAGCCUCUGGCUCUUGAUUUUGGCUCAGGUGGUGAGAUCAAUUCCCAGGUCGGGCUCCGCACUCAGCAUGGGGUCUGCUUGGAGUUUCUCUCUCC